UGAGGGAGUAAUAGUGGAGAGAGGGAGAGAGAGAGGCAGCGGGAGACUGGCGGGGUGUUAGAAAGAACACCAUGGUUUCAGAUCCGGGGCUGACCGUGAUGCUGCUGUGGACUAUAUCUCUACAGGCUCUGGGCACGGCGGGAACCAACAGCAAUGAAGUCAAUCUUCUGGACACCACAACAAUCUCAGGAGACUGGGGAUGGCUGACGUAUCCGUCACAUGGGUGGGACGCCAUUAAUGAGAUGGACGAGUACUUCAGUCCCAUUCACACAUACCAGGUCUGUAAUGUGAUGAGUCCCAGCCAGAACAACUGGCUGAGGACCGGCUGGCUCCCUCGGGAUGGAGCCAGGAGAAUCUACAUCGAGGUCAAGUUCACCCUGAGAGACUGCAACAGCAUGCCAGGAGUACUGGGCACCUGCAAGGAAACCUUCAACAUGUUCUACUACGAGUCUGACAGACCGGUGGGCUCAACCAUACGGGAGAACCAGUUCAUAAAGAUUGACACCAUUGCUGCUGACGAGAGCUUCACCGGAGUGGACCUGGGAGUACGCCGGCUUAAACUCAACACCGAGGUGCGCGGCGUCGGCCCUCUCAACAAGCGAGGCUUCUACCUGGCGUUCCAGGACAUCGGCGCCUGCAUCGCACUAACCUCAGUGCGGGUGUACUACAAGCGCUGUGUGGGUGUGAGCCGCAACCUGGCCGUGUUCACCGACGUGGUCACGGGUGCCGACUCUUCUUCGCUGGUGGAGGUCAGGGGUCAGUGUUUGGAUCACGCCGAAGAGCGAGACACACCCAAGAUGUACUGCAGCGCAGAGGGCGAGUGGCUGGUACCCAUCGGGAGGUGUGUGUGCUCCGCCGGAUUUGAGGAGCACAGAGACUCCUGCGUGGCCUGUGAGGUGGGUUUCUAUAAGCCGGUGGCAGGCGAUGGCCUGUGUGGUAAAUGUCCCCAGCACAGCCACUCAGAAACCAGAGCUGCCCUCUCCUGCCCCUGCGACUCCAAUUACUACAGAGCGGCAGAUGACCCAACUGCAGCUCCAUGCUCCCGCCCUCCAUCUGCUCCAGUAAACGUCAUUUCCUCGGUCAAUGGGACAUCGGUGAACUUAGAAUGGGAUCGCCCUUUGGAUACCGGAGGUCGCAGCGACCUGCAGUACAGCAUUUUGUGUCAGAAAUGCUCCGGGGAAGGAGGGCCCUGCGAGGACUGCACAUCCUCUCCGGGAGGCACUGGUGGAGGCAAGGCGGGUGGAGGAGUGAGUAUCGGUGCAGGUGGAGGAGCGAUGGUGGAGCGUUCAGGCACUGCAGCAGUUCGAUUUAUACCCCGCCAGUCCGGGCUGACAGAGCCCUGGGUGACAGUCCUCAACCUUGUGGCCCACACCAACUACUCCUUCCGCAUCCUGGCUAUGAAUGCGGUGACGCACCUGAGUAAUGAGCCGUCACCGUAUGUCUUGGUCAACAUCACAACGAACCAGGCAGCCCCCUCUGAAGUGUUAGCCAUCCGCCAGGAGAACACCAGUCAGAACAGUGUGAUUCUGCUGUGGCAUGAGCCCGACCAGCCCAACGGAGUAAUUCUGGAGUACGACAUUAAGUUCUAUGAGAAGGAUAAUGAAGAGCAGAGUUACUCCACUCUCAAGUCUAAAAAUACCAGUGCCCGAGUGUCAGGGCUGAAGCCAGGCACCAAGUACAUCUUCCAGGUCCGAGCCAGAACGUCAGCAGGCUGUGGACGAUUCAGCCAGAAUGUGGAGAUUCAGACCGGGAAAGCAGCUCCUCUGCGCUACAACACCAUGACCAUCAUAUGGAUUUGCAUGGCCCUGGUGUCCGGCCUGGUCGCUUUUCUGGCCAUCAUCAUCUGCAGGAAACGGCAAGGCUACACUUUACCACACUACCCAUCGCUGCUACACUGUGGCUACAGCAAAGCUUUCCAGGACUCUGACGAGGAGAAGAUGCAUUAUCAGAAUGGUCAUGUGUCAUUCCCUGAUGCAAGGUUCUAUAUCGACCCACACACAUACGAGGACCCCUGCCAGGCGGUGCACGAGUUUGCCCGAGAAAUUGAAGCUUCCAGGAUCAAAAUAGAGAAAAUCAUUGGUUCAGGAGAAUUUGGGGAGGUGUGUUAUGGCCGAAUGAGGCUCCCAGGGAAAAGAGACAUUCCAGUGGCCCUGAAGACUCUGAAGGCGGGAUACACGGAGAAGCAGAAAAGGGACUUCCUGGCUGAGGCAUCCAUCAUGGCUCAGUUUGAUCACCCCAACGUCAUCCGCCUGGAAGGAGUGGUAACCCAGAGCAAACCAGUGAUGAUCAUCACCGAGUACAUGGAGAAUGGCUCGCUGGACUCCUUCCUAAGGAGACACGAUGGCCAGUUUACCAUCAUCCAGCUGGUUGGGUUGCUGCGUGGCAUCGCAGCAGGUAUGACCUACCUGUCUGACCUGGGCUACAUCCACAGAGACCUUGCUGCCCGCAACAUUCUGGUCAACAGCAACCUGGUGUGUAAAGUUUCGGACUUCGGCCUUUCCCGAGUGCUGGAGGACGACCCCGAUGCUGCAUACACCACCAGUGUGAGUUUUCACAUUGAGGGUGGGAAGAUCCCAAUCCGCUGGACGGCCCCAGAAGCCAUUACCUACAGGAAGUUCUCCUCUUCCAGUGACGUAUGGAGCUACGGUGUGGUCAUGUGGGAGGUGAUGUCCUACGGGGAGCGACCGUACUGGAACCUCACCAACAGAGACGUGAUCAAAUCUGUGGAGGAGGGCUAUAGGCUGCCUGCACCUAUGGGCUGCCCUGGUGCUCUACACACACUCAUGCUGGAUUGCUGGCAGAAGGAUCGCAACGAGAGGCCGCGCUUUUGCCAGAUAGUCACUGUUCUCGACAAGCUAAUCCGCAACCCAGAAAACCUGAAGUCCAUGGAAACGCUCUGCAGUUUAAAGAGUCCUCCGCUGAUGGAGAGAGCCAUCCCUGACUUCAGUAGCUGUAACUCAGUAGACGAGUGGCUGGACACCAUUAAGAUGAGCCGCUACAAGGAUCACUUUGCUGCAGGGGGUUACCACACUCUGGGACACGUCAUAAGCAUGAACCAAGGGGACAUCCAGAGGCUCGGUGUGACGCUGAUGGGCCACCAGAAGAAGAUCAUGACCAGCGUCCAGCUGAUGAGGGUGCAGGUCCUCAACAAGAGCGUGCCGUCUGUGCACGUAUAACUCCGACCUCUGAGGUGUUCUUCCUCAAAUCUAGAAAGCCAGGCUUCUAUUUAAGUCUAGCAGGACUCCAUGGGAAACAAAAUGAUUGGAUAAAAGGGAAAAGAAGAUGUUCGGGAACUUUACAAGACUAUUUAUCCUCAAGAGAUUAAGGAACGCAACAAGAAAAGGAUUAAAGUAUGGAGCAAGUAAACAUGACUUCUUAAGGACAUGGGUGACAUUUUUUUUUCCCCUUAUCUGAUUACAUUUUCUGAAUUUAAAUGUCUUGUUUAUAAAAGGAAAGACUGCCUUAAUUAUCACAGGUUAUUUUAAAAUGUUUGCCUACAAGAUAAUUUAUCAAUCGUGAAUUUAUGAGAGUAAUAUGAUUUUCGGAAACUGGGCAACUGCGAGAGAAUAUGAUGGUGUGACGUACAGGGUGAUAGGAUGGGUGUACUGACAACACUUUGCCACCUCUCCUGUCGUGACAGCUUGAGGAGAGGGAGACUCAGAAUUAAGCUCGAGUCAAACAUCAAAAGAAAAAAAAGGAGAAAAGAGAGAUAGGGCUCACCCGGUUAACCCGACCGUUUCUGCUGUGGAGAAGACCUAUAUCACCACAGGCUAUUAAUACCAUCAACAGGCACAUUUCUCCAAGGUCCAGCCUUGAUGAAUGACCCCAGGAGAGCCCUGGAACCCUCUGCCCCGUCUGCGGCUGCACGGCGCUCAACUGCUGUACCAGGAAAAAAUGUAUAUAAUUCAGUUACAGUGCACUUUAUUCUACAAUCUCUCUUUGUUGUGGCGGCUUUGCAGUUGUGUCACAAACUAGAACGAAAAUUAGAUGUUGGAAAAAAAAAAACAUCAUAUCAAACAAAUUCCUACAAA